AUGCAGGACGCCAGGGGCACCCGUCCUGGCAGCCCCGGGGGUGCUGGAGACACACAGGGGCCGAGCCUGGGCCGGGGUGAGAUCGUCUUCGGAGUGUCCGGGAAGAAGCGAGGCAAGUUCGUGAGGGUGCCCAGCGGCGUGGCCCCGUCUGUGCUUUUUGAUCUGCUGCUGGCCGAGUGGCACCUGCCGGCCCCCAACCUGGUGGUGUCACUAGUGGGCGAGGAGCGACCCUUCGCGUUGAAGCCGUGGCUGCGGGAUGUGCUGCGCAAGGGGCUGGUGAAGGCGGCUCAGAGCACAGGAGCCUGGAUCCUGACCAGUGCGCUCCGAGUGGGCCUCGCCCGCUACGUUGGGCAGGCCGUGCGUGACCACUCCUUGGCCAGCACAUCCACCAAGGCCCGCGUGGUGGCCAUUGGCAUCGCCUCGUUGGGCCGUGUGCUGCACCGCCGGCUCCUGGACCAUGCCCAGGGUGACGGCCCCGUGCAGUACCCCUUGGACGACGGAGGCAGCCAGGGCCCCCUCAGCCCCCUGGACAACAACCACUCCCACUUCAUCCUGGUGGAGCCGGAGGCCCCCGGGAAGGGCGACGAGCCUGCGGAACUGCGGCUGCUGCUGGAGAAGUACAUCUCGGAGCAGAGGACAGGCUACGGGGGAACCAGCAGCAUCGAGAUCCCUGUCCUCUGUCUGCUGGUCAACGGGGACCCCAGCACCCUGGAGAGGAUUUCCAGGGCUGUGGAGCACGCCACCCCAUGGCUGAUCCUGGCGGGCUCAGGGGGCGUCGCCGAUGUGCUCGCUGCCCUCGUGAACCAGCCCCACCUCCUGGCGCCCCAGGUGGCAGAGAAGCAGUUUAGGGAGAAGUUCCCCAGCGAGCACUUCUCCUGGGAGGACAUCGUGCGCUGGACCAAGCUGCUACAGACCAUCAUGUCCCACCCGCACCUGCUCACCGUGCACGAUUUCGAGCAGGAGGGCUCCGAGGAGCUGGACACGGUCAUCCUCAAGGCGCUGGUAAAAGCCUGCAAGAGCCACAGCCAGGAGGCGCAGGACUACCUGGACGAACUGAAGUUGGCCGUGGCCUGGGACCGCGUGGACAUCGCCAAGAGCGAGAUCUUCAACGGGGACGUGGAGUGGAAGUCCCGCGACCUGGAGGAGGUGAUGAUGGACGCGCUGGUGAGCAACAAGCCCGAGUUCGUGCGCCUCUUCGUGGACAACGGCGCGGACGUGGCGGACUUCCUGACCUACGGGCGGCUGCAGCAGCUCUACCGCUCCGUGGCCCCCAAGAGCCUGCUCUUCGACCUGCUGCAGCGCAAGCACGAGGAAGGCCGGCUGACGCUGGCCGGGCUGGGCGCCCAGCAGGCCCGGGAGCCGCCCGCCGGGCUGCCCGCCUUCUCCCUGCACGAGGUCUCACGGGUGCUCAAGGAUUUCCUGCACGACGNACGCUGCGGGGGGCCAAGUACGAGCAGCUGGCCCUGGGUGAGCACGGCGGGGAGCUGGCGCUGGGCGGGACUGGGCGGCGGGUGCUCCCGGCGUGGACACGCGGGCAGAGGGAGGCUCCCACUCCCGACGGGGAGGCCGGGUGCGGACGGGCACAUCUCACAGCCCCGGGGAGGUGGGCGCGGGCGGGUGCAAGCUGCGGGGGGGAGCCCGGCGGGCGGGCCUGGGCGUCACGGCCGCGGCCACCCCGCAGACCUCUUCUCCCAGUGUUACCGCCACAGCGAGGAGCGCGCCUUCGCCCUGCUGGUGCGUCGGAACCGCUGCUGGAGCAGAACCACCUGCCUGCACCUGGCCACCGAGGCCGACACCAAGGCCUUCUUUGCCCACGACGGGGUGCAGGCCUUCCUGACCAAGAUCUGGUGGGGGGACAUGGCCUCGGGCACCCCCAUCCUGCGGCUGCUGUGCGCCUUCUUCUGCCCGGCCCUCAUCUACACCAACCUCAUCACCUUUAGCGAGGAGGCCCCCCUAAGGACAGGCCCAGAGGACCUGCAGGAGCUGGACAGUCUGGACACAGAGAAGAGCCUGCUCUGCGGCCUGGGCAGCGGGGCGGAGGAGCUGGCUGAGGCGCUGAGGGGUGAAGGUGACCGAGGCCGGAGAGCCGCCUUCCUGCUAACACGCUGGCGGAAGUUCUGGGGGGCGCCCGUCACCGUGUUCCUCGGGAACGUGGUCAUGUACUUUGCCUUCCUCUUCCUGUUCACCUACGUCCUGCUGGUGGACUUCCGGCCCCCUCCCCAGGGGCCAUCGGGGUCUGAGGUCACCCUCUACUUCUGGGUCUUCACGCUGGUGCUGGAGGAGAUCCGGCAGGGCUUCUUCACAGACGAGGACACGCGCCUGGUGAAGAAGUUCAUGAUCGGAGCCAAAAUUAGCUCCCAGAAUGCUAACCCGGAGCCUAGCCUCCCUCCAUGGAAGGAGCUCCUUCUCCCCCAGGAGGGAGGCCCUGGGGGCUCCAGACUGGGGGGACUGAUGCCUCCGCUGAACCCUGAGGGCAGGCCUGCUGCGGCGGGCACUGCAGCAAAGGCCUUCCUGACCAAGAUCUGGUGGGGGGACAUGGCCUCGGGCACCCCCAUCCUGCGGCUGCUGUGCGCCUUCUUCUGCCCGGCCCUCAUCUACACCAACCUCAUCACCUUUAGGUUGAUCCGCGUGGCCCCUGCGCGCCCCCCACCCCUCAUCCCUCUGCAGUGCACCUGCUGGCCGGGGGCUCAGGGCCGAGCGGGAGCCUCGGGUGCCCUCCCCCGGUCCCUGAGGGGCUCGUGUGCUCGCAGCGAGGAGGCCCCCCUAAGGACAGGCCCAGAGGACCUGCAGGAGCUGGACAGUCUGGACACAGAGAAGAGCCUGCUCUGCGGCCUGGGCAGCGGGGCGGAGGAGCUGGCUGAGGCGCUGAGGGGUGAAGGUGACCGAGGCCGGAGAGCCGCCUUCCUGCUAACACGCUGGCGGAAGUUCUGGGGGGCGCCCGUCACCGUGUUCCUCGGGAACGUGGUCAUGUACUUUGCCUUCCUCUUCCUGUUCACCUACGUCCUGCUGGUGGACUUCCGGCCCCCUCCCCAGGGGCCAUCGGGGUCUGAGGUCACCCUCUACUUCUGGGUCUUCACGCUGGUGCUGGAGGAGAUCCGGCNCUGGGGAGGCCCUCGGCUUUGGGAAAGUGCAGACCUGCCCCGGCUCAGACUCCUGCGGCGGCCAGUGAGCCACAGGCCUGAGGAGUCCUGCGGGAGAGCCCCCACGCCCUCGCUGAGGCCAGCGCCCCCGAUGCUGCCUUUGAGCGGAGCCUUGGAAGCCCGCGUGAACUGCUCCCUGCACCCACUGCUGCUGGAGGGCUCACCCUCCUGCCCCAACCUCUACGCUAACUGGGUGGUCAUCCUCCUGCUGGUCACCUUCCUACUGGUCACCAACGUGCUGCUCAUGAACCUGCUCAUCGCCAUGUUCAGCUACACAUUCCAGGUGGUGCAGGGCAACGCAGACACCUUCUGGAAGUUCCAGCGCUUCCACCUCAUCGUGGAGUACCACCAGCGCCCCGCGCUAGCACCCCCGUUCAUCCUCCUCAGCCACCUGAGCCUGGUGCUCAAGAGGCUCCUGCCGAGGGGGGCCCCGCAGAAGCAGGCGCGCCUGGAGAGGGACCUGCCAGAGCCUCUGGACCAGAAGGUGGUCACCUGGGAGGCGGUGCAGAAGGAGAACUUCUUGAGCGAGCUGGAGAAGCGCCGGAUGGAGAGCCAGGAGGAGCUGCUGCGGAAAGCGGCACGCAGGGUGGAUGUCGUAGCCAAGCUCCUUGGGGGCCUGAGGGAACAGGAGAGGCGCGUCAAGCGUCUGGAGUCUCAGGUCGGCUACUGCGCAGCGCUCCUCUCCUCCGUGGCUGACUCGCUGGCCCGCGGCAGCGCCUACUGGAACUCUCGGAACUCCAGCAGCGGGAACCCACCAGCCUCUGCUGACCACGGAGGGGCCCUGGGUAGCAGGGAGCGCCCAGAGGCUGGCCAGUCACCCUCCAACCCCUGA